AUGCCAAGGGGUUAUCAGCCUCCUAAAUUUAUGCAAUUUGAUGGAAAAGGCAAUCCUAAACAACAUAUUGCCCAUUUCAGUGAAACCCACAACAACGCUGAGACGGAAGGAGGCUACCUAGUUCAGCAGUUCGUACGCUCACUUAAGGGUAACGCCUAUGGCUGGUACACCGACCUCGAGCCAGAGUCUAUUAACAGCUGGGACCAACUUGAAAGGGAAUUCCUCAACCGCUUCUGUAGCGCCCACCACACCAUAAGCAUGUUGGAACUGACAAGUAUAAAGCAGUGGAAGGAUGAACCUGUCGUCAACUACAUUAACAUAUGGCGUUCAUUAAGUCUGGAUUGCAAAGAUUGGCUUUCUAAAACCUUCACCAUUGAGAUGUGUGUUCAAAGCAUGCACUGGAGGUUACAUUACAUCCAUCAAGGCAUAAAAUCUAGAACGUUUGAGAAGUUGGCAACUCGAUCCCACAACAUAGAGCUGAAUAUCGCCAAUUAUGGGAAAAUGAGCCAAUCACCGACUUCAAGAAGGACAAGGUACAAAAACACCUUGAGGGAACUGGAGCAAAAGACGUACCCUUUUCCUGACUCUGACGUGACUGCAAUGUUAGAUGACUUGCUGGAAAAGAAGAUGAUCAAGCUACCCAAGUGCAAGUGCCCCGAAAAGAUGAAUCACGUUAACGAUCAUAGGUACUGCAAAUAUCAUCGUAUUGUGAGUCAUCAUGUUGGCAAAUGCUUCGUUUUCAAGGAGCUGGCACAACAAGGGCGAAUUAAACUUGACCUGGAAGACAUGGUUGCAACACAUACUACUACGACUACGUUUAGAUCCUUCGAUCCUGUGCCUCUCCAAGUAACGUCUGACCACUCCCGUUCAUGA